CGCUGGCAUGUGUUGCUCUCCCAGCACGACGCGCACCGCUUGCCCUCUCACCAUCACCUCGCAGCACCCCGCAAGACAAUCAGCACCAUGGCCGCCUCCUUCACGCCCCACGCCACGCUCAGCAAAGACUCCAACCCCAAGGACUGGGCCUACCUGCUCGGCAACCUGGCGCAGGACGCCUCCAUCGUCUUCACAAAGGCAUCGCUCAUCUCCUUCCUCAAGACGCACAAUGUCGAGGUCGGCACCAACUUCAGCGAGAUCCGCGCCCUGCCAAAGUACGCCACUGUGGGCAAGAUGAGCAGCAGCAGCAGCAGCGCCGGCGGUGACGCCAGCGAGAGCAGUGCCUCGGCCUCCGCCGCCGCCGUCUCCUUCGACGCGCCUCGCGCUGCGCCGGCAGCACCGGCCGCCAACGUGGUGCGCGAUCCGUCUGGCGACGUCUUCCGUCCCACGCGGCGUGUGCGCGAGGCCGUCGGCGGCGGCAGCAGUGGCGUCACGGCCGCGCUCUUCGGCGGCGGCGACGACGAGGCGGAGCGCGACGCUGCGCGCGAGUCGGCACGGCGACGCGGCUUGCUGCUGGAGCAGGAGAACAUGCAGCAGGCGGAGCGCGGCCAGCAGCAGCAGCGGGCCGAGGAGGCGCCCAAGCAGCAGACGCAGACGACACAGCAGCGCCUGGAGGAGGAGCAGAAGGCCCGGGCGGCACAGGCUGGCUUCCGGCCCACGCGUCGUGUGCGCGAGGCGGUUGGCGGUGGUAGCGAGCAGGUGCAGGCGCUCUUCGGCGGCGGCGACUAGGCGAUGCGCAAGCAUGAACGGCCCGCGCGAGCCGGCCUGAGCUGGCGAUCGGGCCUCUGCCGCGGCGGCGACGGUGCCGGUACCCCUGAGCCCUCGCCGAGCAAGGCAGUCGCGCCCUGGCUCCUUUCGCUCCCACCAGGAGCGGCGCAGGAGCUGUAUACCACACGACUCUAGGGGCGCAGCAGUGAUGAUAUGAUUGACGAAUCGGAGGGGGUCAUGUCGUGCCGGCAGCGAGUGCGAGAGCGAGGGGAUCGUGAGGCGGCAGCUCCGGAUGCGGGGGCAAGUCUGGAGCGCGCGGGGUCGUUAAAUGGGAAGAAGAUCUUACAGC